AAACGUGUCUUCGUCCUUUUUCGGCGUCCGGAUCCCAUCUCAGCUUCUAUCCUAAGCACAUCUUCAAGUUUGCCUACUCAGCGGCUUAAAAUAGCGCGUUCUUUAGAUCCAUCUAGUACACCAGAUUCCAGAUUAUCGCCUGGCUACCGAUCUGAUCGCGUGUGUCCAUCAUCUGGUAUCGACCCUGUAUCAGCCACUGCGGGUUCAGCUCAUCGUCUUUUCCACUGGCAACCCCCAGAAAGUUGCUGGCAUCUUGCAGAUGAAUUGUCUAGCCUUCCGACCUCAGGUGACCGGGUAUCCGCUUCUUCAGAGGGUCGAAUGGAUCUAUCUCCUCUUCUUCCUCCUCCACUAGAACUGCGUGCAAGUUUGGAAUUGUCAGCUGGACGCUGGUCUGACGUUGGCAUUCUUGAGUUGGGUCUUGGAUACCUAUGUCCCACUGGCUUGGAGACCGAUUGCCUAUCUCAGCCUGAUUCUAAUGAACCCGGGAUCAUUGUAUCAGAUUCCGUUUAUAUGGGAUCGCCUGCCAGCAGGCGAUGUAUUCUCCUUUCGCUUAUGCCACCGGGUGUUCCAAUGAUGGCUGGUGUCCGGCUCUUUCCUUGCGAGCCUUCAGCCACUUCUCGCUGGUAG